GCCAUAAUGGAAAGGGAAGCUCUCUGGCAUUCAGCAUUAGGGGCUGUCUUGGAACCUUCUUGUUGGUUAGAGGGACAACAAGAAAAAUAUCUGGGCCAAGUGGCAGUGACCCAAAAGGAAGCCUUUAAUGAGAAGAGGGUAUGUGGAGGUAAUAAAACUGAAAAAUAUUCUAUUGAGGGUUCAAUCCUCGAUUCACCACAAAGCAUUCCUGUGGCAAAAAGACCCCGUAAUUGGAAUUCAUGUGGAAAAGAUUCUAAACAAAAUUCUGAGUUAAUGAAAACUUCGAGAAUGUUUGUAGGAAAGAAAAUAUAUGAAUGUGAUGAGUGCAGGAAAACCUUCAGCCAGAGUUCAUCCUUGCUUAAGCACCAGAGGAUUCACACUGGGGAGAAACCUUAUAAAUGCAAUGUAUGUGACAAGCACUUCAUCGAACGCUCCUCCCUCACUGUGCAUCAAAGGACUCACACGGGAGAAAAACCCUACAAAUGUAAUGAGUGUGGGAAAGCCUUUAGUCAGAGUAUGAACCUUACUGUUCAUCAAAGAACUCAUACUGGAGAGAAACCUUAUCAAUGCAAAGAGUGUGGGAAAGCUUUCCGUAAGAACUCCUCCCUUAUUCAACAUGGAAGGAUUCAUACUGGAGAGAAGCCCUAUAAAUGCAGUGAUUGUGGGAAAGCUUUUACACAAAGCAUGAAUCUCACAGUGCAUCAGAGAACUCACACAGGAGAAAAGCCCUAUGAAUGUAACGAAUGUGGAAAAGCCUUCAGUCAAAGCAUGCAUCUUAUUGUUCAUCAGAGAAGUCACACUGGAGAAAAACCCUAUGAAUGCAGUGAGUGUGGAAAAGCCUUUAGUAAAAGCUCAACUCUGACUCUACAUCAACGAAAUCACACUGGAGAAAAACCCUACAAAUGUAACAAAUGUGGUAAAUCCUUUAGUCAAAGCACAUAUCUUAUAGAACAUCAGAGACUUCACUCUGGAGUGAAACCUUUUGAAUGUAACCAGUGUGGGAAAGCUUUCAGUAAGAAUUCUUCUCUGACUCAGCAUCGGAGAAUUCACACUGGUGAGAAACCUUACGAGUGUAUGGUAUGUGGAAAGCAUUUCACUGGGAGAUCUUCCCUAACUGUGCAUCAGGUAAUACACACUGGAGAGAAACCGUAUGAAUGCACUGACUGUGGAAAGGCCUUCAGCCAAAGCGCCUAUCUUAUCGAACACCAGAGAAUUCAUACUGGUGAAAAACCCUACGAAUGUGAUCAGUGUGGGAAAGCUUUUAUUAAGAAUUCAUCCCUUAUAGUGCACCAGAGGAUUCAUACAGGAGAGAAGCCCUACCAGUGUAAUAUGUGGAAAAGCCUUCAGUAGAAGUACAAACCUUACAAGACAUCAGAGGACUCACAUGUGAGAAAAGUUUUCACUGGCCCCCUUCAUCUUGAUUAA